AUGGAAGGCAGUGGAGGUGGCGGUGGUGGUGAUGAUAGUGUAGGUGAAGGCCGUGAGAGUAGUGAUAACGGUGGUGGCAAUGGCGAUAGUGGAAGGCAAUGCAGGUGGCGAUGGUGGAAGGCAAAGGUUGUCGUGGCGAUGGUGGAAGACAGUGGAGGCGGCUGUAGUGGUGACAGCGGCGAUAAUGUGGUGGUGGCGGUGGAAGGUAGCGAUAGUGGUGACAGUGACUAUGGUGGAAGUGGCGGUGGUGGAAGCUUAAACCACCCAUCAUCAUCAUCAUCAUCAUCAUUGUUAUCUUCAUUGUUAUGGUGCAUAACAAUGAAGUCUUCCAUGGUGAUGAUGUUUUCGGUUGCAGGGGUUGUGUUAUCUCUUUUGUGUGUGCGCGCUUUGGGUAAGGAGUGUGUCAACAAUUUUGGUCGCAUAUCAAUUCGAGCACAGUACGGCGAUUCGGCAAAUGAAACAUGGAAGGAGGAGUUGUUGAAGGAAUACGAUGUUUACAGAAGAGAUGUGUUGGACGGGCCUGAUGCGUUGUUGUCCGCCUCCAGUUACUUUCCGACCGGAAAGCCAUUGACGGAGGAGGAUAUUUGGAAGCUGUUGCCCGCGAAAAUGAGGAACGUUUACAAUUCCACAGGGUUCCAGAGGCCGAAUACCCUCCAGGGCGUGUCUCUUCACGAUGUGAGAAUUACGGACCCUAACUCGAUUUAUUGGCAGGCUCAGCAGACGAACCUCGAUUACAUGUUGAUGUUGGAUGUUGAUAGCCUGGUUUGGAGCUUUCGGGACACGGCUGAUUUGCCCACCAAAGGCAAGCCGUACGGAGGUUGGGAGCGACCGAACAAGAAUGGCGAACUCCGCGGCCAUUUUGUGGGGCAUUACCUGAGUGCUUCAGCUUUAAUGUGGGCGACCACUCAUAAUAAUUCUGUGAAAGAGCAGAUGACUGCAGUAGUUUCCGCGCUCGCGGUCUGUCAGGAUAAAAUCGGUACAGGGUAUCUUUCUGCUUUCGAGGAGGAGCUUUUCGACAGAAUUGAACAGAUAGAGUAUGCUUGGGCACCAUACUACACCCUUCACAAGGUAAUGGCAGGUCUGUUGGAUCAAUACAAAUUGGCGGGAAAUGAACAAGCUUUUAAAAUAUUGCUUCGGAUGGUGGAAUACUUCUACAAGCGUACGCAGAAUGUGAUAUCGAUGUACACAAUAGAAAGACACUAUAACAUUUUGAAUAUGGAAUAUGGUGGCUUGAAUGAACUCUUUUACCAGAUAUUCGGCAUAACGAAAAAUAGAAAGCAUUUAUUGAUGGCUCGUCUUUUUGACAAACCCUGUUUCCUUGCAAUGCUUGCACUACAGGCUGAUGAAUUAUCUGGUUUUCAUACCAAUACACACAUUCCAAUUGUUGUUGGAGUUCAAACAGGGUAUGAAAUUACUGGUGAUCCACUUUACAAGGACAUCGCGAAGAGCUUCAUGGAGAUUGUCAACAGUUCUCACGCCUAUGCAACAGGAGGGACAUCACAAAACGAGUUCUGGCAGCCCUCAAGGCGAAUGGCGACCACUCUGUCAACUGAAAACGAAGAAACAUGCGCGAGUUAUAACAUGCUGAAGGUGGGGCGCAACCUGUUCAGAUGGACCAAAGACGUCACCUAUGCAGACUAUUACGAGCGAACCCUGACCAAUUCUAUUAUGGGCGUCCAGAGGGGAAGGAUUCCCGGAGAGAUGAUCUACAUGAAGCCACUAUGCCAUGGAUGUUCUAAGGCCCACAGCGUUCAUGGAUGGGGAAAUAAGUUCAAUUCCUUUUGGUGCUGCUACGGGACAGGACUCGAGUCAUUCGCAAAGUUAGGAGAUUCGAUAUACUUUGAAGAACAGGGGAAACCUCCGGGGCUUUACAUCAUCCAGUACAUAUCGAGCACGGUUGACUGGAAAAUGGGGCAGAUUUUUAUAAAUCAGACCGUCAAACCUGUUAAUUCAUGGGAGUCUCAUCUUCAAGUUAACUUCACAAUUUCCUCGAAGGAGGUACAUCUUAGCCAAUCAUCUACUUUAAAUUUUCGAAUUCCAGGUUGGGUAUCGGGAAAUGGUGUUAAGGCAAGUUUAAAUGGUCAAGGUUUGCCUCAAGGAACUCCAGGUAAAUUUCUAUCAGUCACUAGACAAUGGAACUCGGGUGACAAAAUCACUCUUGAACUUCCCCUCCAUGUUAGAACUGAGGCUAUUAAAGAUGAAAGGCCUAAAUAUGACAACAUUAAGGCAAUUCUUUAUGGUCCCUACCUUCUAGCUGCUAUGACAACCAGAAACUGGACCCUAAGAACAGGAAGCGCUAAGUCCCUCUCAGAAAUUGUCACUCCAAUUCCACCACAAUAUCAUGCUAAUUUGAUUUCCCUCCACCAAGGUUCUGGGGACUCGACGGUUGCACUAACCAAAAAAGGACAAACACUUCUAAUGGCCAGCAUGCCUCAGCCCCGCACUAAUAAGGCUAUAGACGCCACCUUUAGACUCAUCCUAAAGGAAGCUGCUGGUCCCCCGAAAUGGUUCACACCAAAAGAAGCUAUUGGGAAAUUGGUGAUGCUAGAACCACUAGAUUUUCCAGGUAGUGUUGUGGUACACCAAGGAACUAAUAAAGACCUCAUGGUUGCAGCUCCCGGCACAAAAACUCAAAAUUCUAUUUUCCACUUGGUUCCGGGAUUGAGUGGGAAGGACGGAACAGUUUCAUUGGAGUCCGGUAGCCAGAAGGGUUGCUUCGUGUCUAGUGCUCCCGUAAAAGACUCCGACACUCUAACCAUCACUCUCCGCUGCCAAGCUGCUGGGGCAGCACCAGAUGCCGGAUUUAAGAAUGCAGCGAGCUUUGUGUUGGGCAAAUCAGCACAUUCGUAUCAUCCUGUUAGUUUUGUGGCCCAAGGAGCACAAAGGAAUUUUCUUCUCACUCCAUUUAAUAGCUUCAUGGAUGAAUAUUAUACACUAUACUUCAAGUUCAAUCCUUAAAAACUUCAACUAUCACUGAAGUGAUAGCGCAUAAUAAAGAUUUUUCU